GCAACCAGGAAUCAGGCAGGGACCCCAGAUCUCUAGGUGAAAGAAGACAGGUUCCUAUGCUGACGUUUGGCCAGUGGCAACACAGGUGACUUGAAGUACCAUGACUGCAGAUACUGAUCCCACAACCCUUGUGAAAAUGCUCCAUCUGGUUUUCCUUUCAACUUUCUGGGGAAUGCAGAUCUGGGUUACUUUUAUAUCUAGUUUUGUAAUGGGCAACAAUCUCUCACAACAUACAAUUGGAUUCAUUCAGAGUUGCCUCUUUCCAUAUUACUUCCACAUUGGCUCUGCUUGUGCUUUCAUCAACCUGACUAUCUUUGCCGUGUGCCAUCCCAGUGAACUUCUUAAUGAGGAAGAAACCAUACAGAUUACCGUCUUCUUCAUUUGUGCCACAGUUGCUGCUCUAAAUGCUUACUGGUUUGGUCAGCUGACUUCAGACAUUAUGGCUGAAAUGCACCUUAUUGAGCAAAGCUAUGGCUUAGGAGGGGACAUUGGUCUGUUCUUAAACAAGUCCCUCAUACGGCUGCGUCAACUGGAUUCUAAUUAUAAGGAGCUGGCAAGCAGGCUAAGCAUCUACCAUGGCUUCUCAUCCCUUUGCAACCUGUGCUGCAUUGCAUGUAAUGGCCUGAGCCUCUAUUAUAUGGCUGCUCACCUUUCAGCAUUAUAACCCACAAGGCUCAGUAACCCAAGCAAAUAACUCAAGCUUUGAAAAGACUCAUGCUUGUGAAAUUACAGACUCUGGUGGUCCACAUAACCCAUACUUUGGACUGCUACAGGAGACUCAGCCUGUUAACCGUGUUUCCCCAUGUGGUAUGCUACAAAAUCUCCAAACAACUCUGUUUUGGCAAGAGAUGCACUAUUCUUCCAAUAAGUUGCCCUUCACAGAACUCCAAACUCCUGGUUGGUAAGUCCUCUCAUUGUAAUAUAAAUAUUGUCCAGGCUAAAAGAUAAUGGACUUAA